AUGGCUGACUCAGACGCCAGCGCGGACACAGAUGCGUCCAUUGGGCGCAAGAGAACGGCUGCGCGUCCGCCGUUAGCGGGCUCUACAGGCUCGGAAACGGAGACCGACGAGCGAGUACGCGCGAAGGAAAAUAAGGCGCGAAGGGGGAGGCCCAUUGGAUCUGGGAGGGGACGGUCCUUGACCCGUGCGCGCGCACAAAUUGCGCAAUAUGGAGGC